AUGGCAACUCAUGAGCAGCAGCGUGAAUAUAAUGAGACGGUGACGCUCAAGAUCCGGCUACACUACGACGGCUAUGUCGACCGCAUCAAACGCCACAUCUCCAAGAUCAAAGGCGUGAAGGAUGUGGCAUUCGAUACCGCCAAGGACCUGGUGAAGGUGACCGGCACCAUGGACGCCACCGCUCUGCCGGCUUACCUCAGGGAGAAGCUCAGCCGGGACGUCGAGGUCAUCGCGCUGGGAAAGAAGGAUGGUGGCUGCGAUAAGAAGGACAAGGGCGUAGGAGACGGGGGAGAGAAGAAGAAGGACGGCAGGGGCGAGGAGAAGAAGGACAAGGCCACGGCCUCCUCCGUGUCAGUGGCGCCGAUGCCCCUGGCCGACGUUGGCAUGUACCAGAUGCCCCCGCACUACGGGUAUGGCACGUAG